UCAGGUCAUUGUGCCUGGUCAUGUGCUUUCAGAAAGAGCCAGGACUUCAUGGUUUCAGAUAAGCUAUUGUUUCUUCAACUCAAUGUAACUGAGGAAGGCACAGUGGGAGAUUGCUACUCUCAUAUCUACCAGAGAGCUGUUAUCUUGCGUCAGGAAGCUGUUAUCUUGUUACAAUUUCAUUGUUCUGCUGACGGACUGCUGGGAGGAAAAGGAAGGAGCGCGAUAUCACUCCAACUUGCAGCGUAGCAGUAAAGUGUGACUGAAGUUUAUCAGAGCACGUCACAUGAAUCCGAGCACCUGAGAAACCAACUAAUGUCUAGACCCAUGUCAGUUUUGAAAAUUUAAAAAAAAAAACUUGUUUGCUGUUUCAGGUUUCAGUGCAGAAUUAAGCUACAGCAGCAAUAUUAACACACGCACACAAUGUGUUUUGACAGAUAACUUUACAACAUCUUAAAAAUCUUAAAUAUCCAAUAUCUUAAAAAUCUCUCUCAAAGCAUUGGGUUGCCUGCUUUUAUUAUCAGUUUUUAAUGGGGAGGGGGUGUCUAGAAAAUUACUUUGGCACAAUAAGCUAUUAUAGGUGCAACUGUGGAAGUCUCUUCAACUUUAUGUUGGAUCCCUGUCUGCUCUCCAGUAUGCAGGGGCCCCUCAGUGGCCCCAAAGAGCUAAGCUCGGAAGUCUGUUUCUAAAGCAGAGUUCUCUUACAUUUAGAAUUUAAAUUGAUGACAUCUUGCUGUUGUAGGUUACCUGCUGCUGAAGGGAUUUUGCCAUCUGAAGAGAGGACUAAAAAAUGAAAUUGAACCAUUUUAUGUGGAUUAUUAUUUUUGGACUUUUCUAUCUUAUUUGCACGUCGAAAUCAGAAGAUACACAAGAUUAUAAAGUGAAUGAUCAAGACGCAUACAUAUAUCAAGAUGCAAACGAAGAUGAUAAAGAGGCAUACAUAGAUUAUCCUGAAUCAGAAAAAACGAUGGAAACAAUUCAGCCUAUAAUUCCACCUAUAAUUCAGCCGACAAGUGCUAGGAAUGAAAUUGAGAAUUCUCAGCAAUUGGAUAUUCCACUACUUGUAACGGGGAUAAUUCUGGUAAUUCCUGUGUUUGGAGCUAUUGCAUGGUUAGUGUAUAAAACAAUUAUAAAAAGGAAGCAACGAGUUAAUGAUGUGGAAAACCCGUUAGAGACAGCACAGCCAAAGAAACAAAGUUUCUUCAGGCGUCUGUAUAAAAAAAUUAAGGACAAGAUAACAAAGAAGAAACCAGUUACUGACGUGGAGAACCCGCCGGAAAUAGCUUCAUCCAAGCAAAAGUCAAUAGCAGUUAAAAGCUCUGUUAGGUCUGUGCGUAAAAAAAUAAAGCAGAAAAAGAAGAAACCAGUUAAUAAAGCAGAGAGACUACCAGCAGCAGCAGCUGAAAGCCCUGAUAGCAUAGAGAAGAGUGGAAAGACAGAGACGGUAACAGCUCCUAGAACAGAAAGCCUUCCAUCACCUGGAAGUGAAGCUUCUCUGCCACUCAAUGCUUUGUUUCUGGAGCAGUUAAAGGCAUCAUUUAAAAAGCCUUCUGAAAAUCGAAAACGCAAAAAAGUACUGCGCACUAUGAUGAUUGAAGAGAUUAUAAGUGACGAUGAAGAUACUGCUCAAUAUUCUGAAGCCGUCUUGCAGCAGUUAAACAAAUUAUGUAAUGAGUCACCAACUGCUCAUGACCCAAAAGUUGAAGUGCAAAUUCAGCAGCUUGACCCAACUGAAGACAUUAGUGGUUAUGAGGCAGACGAUCUUCCUUUGCAAAGAGAGCUGGAAAAUAUUCCUUUGCUACAACAAUCUGCAGAGCCUGAGAGUGAAGUGCAAAUUCUGCAGAUUGAAACAACGAUAGAUAUGUGUAGUGAUGAGGAAGGUAAAAUUCCUUCGCAAGCAGUGCUGGAGACCGUUCCCUUCCUACAACAGCUUUCAGAACACGAGACUGAAGAGCAACAGGCUGAAGACACAUGUGUUGUCAAGGAAGGUGAACCUCAAUUGCAAGAGGAGCUAUUCUUCUAUUUCUUAUUGUCAUGUGCUGAUGCACUGCUGAAAUAUUCAUCAAAACUAGCUGCGUUUGUACAAAAGUCUUCAGAACCUCAGUGAACUAAAGUAUGGACAGUCAACAUUCAGAACAUUAUUGGUCUCCAACUUGCAAGGAAAUAAACAGUGCUGAUUCACAUUACCGAAGAUGGGUUGGAUUCUGGGUGGAUCGGGGCUGUGUCCACUUCUAAAUGGCCACAGCCAUAGUGGAUCUGACUAUUCAUUUAUUAUAAUAAAUUCUUAUAUCAAUACAUUAUUAUUGCUGGUUUCCUUUUACAUUUUCAGUAUAUGCUGACUUUGAAUAUAGAAACAUCUUUUAGUUUGUUGGGACAUUUACAUUGAGCAAUAUUUGGAUUUGCCCCGAAAUAAAGGAGAUGUUAACCUUUG